AAAAUGAACGAACAUGUUUAAUAUUUGAACAUGAACGUUUAAAAACAAAUCUUGAUUUAUGUAUUGAUGAAAAACAACAUUUAAUGCAAAAACAAAAACAAACAACAAAUGAAAUAAAACAAUUUAAACUUCGUAUACUUGCAUUACAAGAUCAAAUAAAUAAAUUAAAACGAAAUAAUCAAUUAAUUAAUAAAAAAAAUUUUAUUAAUUCAUCAUCAACAAUAAGAAAACGUAUAACAAAAAAAAAGAAACCAAAAACGUCAUGUUUAGAAAUGUUACUUGAUCAAAAUUCAACAUUUAUUGAUGAUUUUCAAAAUGAAUCAUCAAUUCUUUAUCGAACACUACCAUCAAAAUCUGAUAAAUUUAAUAUUAAUCAAUGGCGACGACAACGACGAUAUCGAACGUGUAGUCUUUGUGAUUGUCAUACUCAAGCUUCAUUCAUGAAACGUAAAAGACAAUCAUCAAUAUCAUCAACAAUACCAAAACGAAAAUAUGAUCCAUUAAAAAAAAAUUAUAAUAAUAAAAUUCGUUUAGCAAAUUCUUGUCAUCAUGAUACUUAUUCAUAUCAUAUUAGAAAACCUUCGAUAUCUUUAACAACACAAAAAAUUCCAACUAAAAUUGGAGCAAUGCGUAGACGUAUUGAACAAUUAGAAAUGAAUCUUGCUGAUUCGAAAGAAGAAAAUGAACAACUUACUCAACGUUUAUCAACAACAUUUAAUCGAAUUAAUAUUCUUAAAACAACGAAUCAAAGACUUAUUAAUGAAUGUAAUAAAUUAAAAACUGAUUAUCUUACUCAAUCAACAUUACCUGGACAAGAAAAUCGACGUAAUGAUUCUAUUAGUUCUGAUGGUGGUGAAAAUAAUAUUGAUAACUUAUGUACACGUCUUAAAAAUACUUCAUCUGAUGCUGCUCGACAACGAAAAUUAAAUAAAACUUUACAAAUAGAUAAUGAAACAUUAACGAAAAAUCUUCAAUCAUUAACUGAAAAAUUGACACAUACAGAACGUGAUGUAGCAAGUAAACGAAGUUUAAUUGAAAAUUAUAAAUCUCGAUUGAAUGAAUUCGAAACAAAUCUUAAUCGUUCAAAUGAGAAAACUAUAAAUGAAAAUGAUGAAGAACGACUCAAAUCAUUAACAGAAACAAUGGAAAAAUUACGAGUUUCACUCGAUUCAUAUAAAAAUCGUUUACAAGCUGUAACACGAGAAAAACAAAUUCUUGAAGCACGUUAUGGUCAAUUGGUUGAUGAACAUCAGAAAUUAAAAACACAUUUUGAAGAUAUUCAAACUAAACAUCGUUUAAGUGAACAACAAAUUCGACAAUGUCGUCUUAAUCAAGAACAGUUAAAUCAAGAAUUAUUAACAGCACGUCGGUUAACUGAACAACAAUUAUUAUCAUUGAAUACAAAAAGUCAAGAUACAUUAAAUAAAAUGAUAUUAGAAUUAAAUCGUACACAACGACGUUUAAAUGAAUAUGAAAGAUUUACUAAUGGUUUUCUUCAUGAAAUGAUUCGACGAAAUAUACAAAUGAAUGAUACUCUUAAACGAGCACGUGAACAUCAAAAACAACGUGAAUCAUUUUCAAUGACAUUGCCUGGUUAUGAUACAGCAAUGAAUACAGCAAGUAAAAUAUUAAAUUUAACUCAAGAUGAUCUAGAUGAUAUUAUGUCUACAACAGAUGAAAGUUUUCAAGGACAUUCUAAACUUGAUAAUGGCGAUAAAAAUGAAAAAAUACGACAAAAAGUAUCGAAAUUACUUGUCUCACAAGAAGAAUUUUCUGGUAAACUUUUGAAAAUAUUCAGUAAAAAAUUAGAUGAAAUACAAGAAGCAGAUCGAAAUUUAGCUACUAUUCGAAAUACAUAG